AUGGGCCUAGCUAUAUACCUGGUCAUCUUCCUGCUCUCGAUUGCAGUCCUCUAUUACCGAGCCACGAAGAGCAUCCCCAGCCGACUCAACUCCGACCAAGCUCCGAAAUCAAGAUUUGAGCUCGUCCCAGCGUGCGCCAGUGAUUUACCGACGAGGGCGGACGGGAUUGAUAUUAUCUUUGUACACGGCCUAGGGUCCAACCCCGACUCGACAUGGCGGGCGACGAAACAUGCGACGAGACAAGCGACGACGGCCGAUAUACCUGAAGAAGCGGCGACGGACAACGAGCAGUUUGUGAACUGGGUCAGCGACUUUCUCCCUAGUGACCUCCUUCCGGCGGUCAACAGAGAUGUCCGCCUAUUCUUUUACAACUACGAUUCAUACUGGAAGAGGGAUGCGGUGCACACACGGUUGACAAACCUUGGGAAUGAACUGCUUGAGUAUAUUGGAGGGAUCCGGAUGUCCGAGACGGAGCAAAGCCGGAGCUUGAUCUUUGUAGCACAUAGUUAUGGGGGGCUCGUGGUUAAACGGGCACUUGUUCAAGCCCGAGCGAGUCGAGACUUUGGCCACGUCGCGGAGCAUGCUCAAACAAUUAUCUUCCUGGGUACGCCGCAUCGCGGGACCAGUUUCGGCCUAUGGGGUUGGCUUGCGGCAAAGGCCCUCCAGCCUCUCGGGUCGAACCCGUCAAUCCUGGCCGAUUUGGAGUAUGAUUCAUUUUCGCUGCACGACUUGCAUAAGGAUUUUAUGGCGGUGGCUCCAGACGAUUUGCGUGUGUUUAACUUCUUUGAGAAGCGGCCGACACGUAUUCUUCGGCUAUGGUUCGUUCCGCUAGAGCGAUUUUGUGUGAAUGAGCAAUCCGCCACAUAUGAGGGCCGAAAUGUUCGAAACAUUGGGCUAUCGGUCGAUCACUAUGGGCUCAACAAAUUUCCGUCGAAGAACGAAAGCUAUCAGUCAAUACUUUCGAAACUCACCGAAUCAGUGAGAGCCUCCGCUCGGCCAGUGAAGCAUCACUACGCUGUACCGCUCGGGAGGGUAGGUACCUAUACGGAGCGGGUCGGACUGUCGGCGGAACUCGAGCAGAAGUUGCAGAUAAGGCAUGAGAAAGCAAGCGUUCCAUAUGCAGUCUCUGUUUACGGAUUGGGCGGUGUUGGUAAGUCGCAGGUAGCGCUGGACUACGCCGAGAAGCACAAACAUGAUUACAACCCGAUUCUCUGGAUAGACGCGACGGACGAGGAGACAGUACGAUCUAGCUUUAAGAUAUGUGCUGCGGAGCUGGGACUCACAGUGGAGGGUGGUGAAAACCAAGGAUCGAUUAUUACGGAUGCAGGGGUCCGGGCAGUACUUAGAUGGCUUUGCGACCGAAGUGAGGCGGAUGAUGAAUGGCUAGUGAUUGUGGAUAAUGCCGACGACGUUAGCUGGGGGAUCCAGAAGGUCAUGCCGAGGGGAAACCGAGGAAGGGUUAUUAUUACCAGCCGAGACGAGCAAAGUACCAAGUUAGUCGGCGGGACCUGCGAAUCGGUCCGUGUUGGCGACAUGUCGCCACCGGAAGGGAGGGCGCUUCUCCUCCGACAUCUGCAACUCGACGAAGAGCUGGCCCCUGGGAGCAUCAAAGACGACUGUGAUAGGGUGGUGAAAAAGCUGGAAUUCUUAGUACUUGCCAUUGAUAUUGCUGGCGCCUAUAUCGGUAGCCAUUCUCCUUCUGACAAGGCUUUGCAGCGAUACCUCGCGGACUAUGAGAGGCACCGCGACGAGCUCCUCCGGAUAAACUUUUUUAGAGGGUUAUUGGCGACGGAGAAGACGGUGUGGACAGUAUGGGACACCACGCUUGAGAAAAUCGCGAUGGAAAAUAAAGGCCUGCGACCUGAUGUAUUGCUGACGUUUCUUGCACAUUUUAAGGGCGGUAUUAUCCAGGAUGAGAUGUUUCGUCUGGCCAGUCUUGGCAUGGAAAAAGUCAAGGCUAAUAUGGGGGAAGAGGAGAGCGAAGGGAUGCCCUUUGAACUCCAGCAAUUCCUUCCACUCGCUGGAGAAAAAUGGGAUGGUUUUCGAUAUCAACAGGGCUGCCGUCUACUGCUCCGUUAUAGCUUGUUGCAGCGAGUCGACGGGGGGUGGGCUGGUGUGACAAUGCAUGGCCUGGUUCGUUGGCGGGCAAUGCUAAGCCACCGAAGCUGGCCAUGGCGGCAGUGGUAUAUGGUAUUUGUUUUGGCAGCAUGCUGUCAGAACAUCGACGAGGAACAGCCUGAGUUCCGUCGACAUCUAGUUGGACACUUGCCAGAUAUUUGUGGGGAUGAUGGCCAUGAACGGGAGUAUUUUUUGAGAUAUCCAAGUUUCAUCGGGGCGACAAUAGGAAGAAUAUAUUACCACGAAGGCCGGUGGGAGGAGGCCGAGAAGCUGUUUGUGCAGGUGAUGGAGACUCGGAAGACUAAGCUUGGGGCCGAUCACCCAGAUACGCUGACGAGCAUGGGCAACAUAGCGUCGACAUACAGGAACCAGGGCCGGUGGGAGGAGGCCGAGAAGCUGGAGGUGCAGGUGAUGGAGACUCGGAAGACUAAGCUUGGGGCCGAUCACCCAGAUACGCUGAGGAGCAUGGGCAACCUAGCGUUAACAUACAGCAACCAGGGCCGGUGGGAGGAGGCCGAGAAGCUGGAGGUGCAGGUGAUGGAGACGAGUAAGACCAAGCUUGGGGCCGAUCACCAAGAUACGCUGAGGAGCAUGGGCAACCUAGCGUCGACAUUUUGGAACCAGGGCCGUUGGGAGGAGGCCGAGAAGCUGGAGGUGCAGGUGAUGGAGACUCGGAAGACUAAGCUUGGGGCCGAUCACCCAGAUACGCUGAGGAGCAUGGGCAACCUAGCGUUAACAUACAGCAACCAGGGCCGGUGGGAGGAGGCCGAGAAGCUGGAGGUGCAGGUGAUGGAGACGAGUAAGACCAAGCUUGGGGCCGAUCACCCAGAUACGCUGAGGAGCAUGGGCAACCUAGCGUCGACAUUUUGGAACCAGGGCCGUUGGGAGGAGGCCGAGAAGCUGGAGGUGCAGGUGAUGGAGAAGAGUAAGACCAAGCUUGGGGCCGAUCACCUAGAUACGCUGACGAGCAUGGGCAACCUAGCGUCGACAUACAGGAACCAGGGCCGGUGGGAGGAGGCCGAGAAGCUGGAGGUGCAGGUGAUGGAGACUCGGAAGACCAAGCUUGGGGCCGAUCACCUAGAUACGCUGAGGAGCAUGGGCAACCUAGCGUUAACAUACAGCAACCAGGGCCGGUGGGAGGAGGCCGAGAAGCUGGAGGUGCAGGUGAUGGAGACUCGGAAGACUAAGCUUGGGGCCGAUCACCCAGAUACGCUGACGAGCAUGGGCAACCUAGCGUUAACAUACAGCAAUCAGGGUCGGUGGGAGGAGGCCGAGAAGCUGGAGGUGCAGGUGAUGGAGACUCGGAAGACCAAGCUUAGGGCCGAUCACCCAGAUACGCUGACGAGCAUGGGCAACCUAGCGUCGACAUAUAGGAACCAGGGCCGGUGGGAGGAGGCCGAGAAGCUGGAGGUGCAGGUGAUGGAGACUCGGAAGAUCAAGCUUGGGGCCGAUCACCCAGAUACGCUGACGAGCAUGGGCAACCUAGCGUUAACAUACAGCAACCAGGGCCGGUGGGAGGAGGCCGAGAAGCUGGAGGUGCAGGUGAUGGAGACUCGGAAGAUCAAGCUUGGGGCCGAUCACCCAGAUACGCUGACGAGCAUGGCCAACCUAGCGUUAACAUACAGCAACCAGGGCCGGUGGGAGGAGGCCGAGAAGCUGGAGGUGCAGGUGAUGGAGACUCGGAAGAUCAAGCUUGGGGCCGAUCACCCAGAUACGCUGACGACUCGGCAGCGAGUGCUUGGCGACGAGCAUCCAUACACACAAAAGUCUCUGGCCACCGUAGCUAAGUGGAGUAGUUAG